AUGAUCCUAGAUUUUGAAGCAGACAAAGAAGUACCAAUUAUCCUAGGAAGACCGUUCUUAGCAACCAGAAGGACCCUUAUUGAUGUACAGAAGGUAUCUGACUUAGAGGAUCUAAUAGUGGAAAAGGAACUCACCUCUGUUGAGGAUCCACUGGAAAGAAUCUUGACAUUGGACCCUCCAAAUGAUGAAGAGGAGGAUGAGUACUUAGCUUUGCUCGAGGCUAAUCAAAGGGGAUUUAAUCUGCAAUCCUGUUUUGAAUCUUUAGAGUUAGAGAAGAGGGAGUAUGCCCAACAAAAAGCGUCAAUCGAGGAACAAUCUAAAUUAGAACUCAAGUGCGUGCCAAAGAAGGGAGGUAUUACAGUCGUAAAGAACGAGAAUAACGAGUUGAUACCAACUAGAACAAUUACGAGAUGGAGGAUUUUCAUUAAUUACCAGAAGCUGAACAAGGCAACUAGGAAAGAUCACUUUCCUUUGCCGUUCUUGGACCAGAUGCCUGGAUAG